GGCUAAAAUUAUCUGUUCUUAAGAAAGGUUUUGGUUAUUCUUUAGAGCUUCUGAAAAACUGGUUUCCCAGAAAACCGGAUCUUAGAACGACUAUAGGCAGCUCCCAUAAUCAUAUUCGAAAUCAACAUGGUCGAUAACCUAUAAUCCACUAGAUUUCGAUCAAAAAGCGAUUUAUAAUCUCGAGAGAUUCCCUCGUUAGAUCAGCGAAACUAACCAUAUGAUAACAACAGUGUAAGACAACAGUGACCGGUCCAAAAGCCAUUAAUAUAACGUUCUACCGCCGAUGGUUAAAGUUUAGUUUUCUUUACUGCGUAAGUCGUGGCGUAUAUAGCGGCGAAACGGGUAUCCCAAAUAUUUAAAAGUUUUUGAUAUUUCAGCAUAGGAACAGCUGUGAAAUUUUAAUUUACACUUUCUUGGAGACGACAUAUCCUUAUGAUUUCAUAAACCUUUGAGAGAAAUUCACAAGUUGAGCCUCACUAGGUUCCAAAACACCCCUUUGCUCAUGAUUAAAAGAUCAAUGCAGAGCAUGGUAAAUGCUGAGGAUUCAAAAACUGCGUUAGUCAAUGAUUUAUUGUCCGCAUUAAAUGGGCAAAAAAAUUUAACAGAUUUGACAUUUGAUAACGACCAGAAUGAUAUUAAACUAGAUUUAUCAUUUGUGACUGUUAUACGUUCAAUAUAUUUGAAUGAACAAUUGAAAAUAUUUAUUCAAACAAAUUUUAAUCUAACAGAAGUGAUUCAACAGCAACAAACAAGCAAAAAUAACAAGAAAAUAAAAGGAAAGUGUCCAAGAUGUACAAAUAAUGAUAAACAAAGAAUUCAAAUUCAAACACCUCAAUUAUUAAUUGUUUUCUUCUUAAUGACUAAACAACGUUUAUUUCGUGGAAAAAAUUCAACAAGAAAAAAAAUUGAAAAAGCUUAUCGUCUGUUUCGAUUAGAUACAAAUAAAAAUUUCAUUGAUGAAUACAGGUUAACAACAGCAGCCAUUAGUGAACGAAAAGUAUUAAAUAGUAAUGAUAGAAAUAUUUUCAUUUUGAAGGGCAAUGUUUUAGAUGCAAAAACGUUAGUUACCCCGCUUGGACUAAAACCAGUUGAAUGUAUUGUGAACACAGUGAAUAUUCGUGUGAGUGGAAGUGACGAGUUUGAUGAAGUUAUUCAGGCUAACACUAGUGGACAGUUGUUCAGUGCACUCCAAAUAGGAACUUUUCAUGAUGCAAAAGUUGGCGAGGUUGUUGCUACCAAUGGUCAUGAAACCGGUUUCAAAACGGUCUUACAUGUCGUUAGUCCAAUUUGGCACAAGAAUGCUAAUGAAAAGCAAAAACAAGAGUUUCAAAGUCAGUUGGAAGUGUCUUAUCGAAAUAUUAUGUUGAAAGCGGAUGAAUUGGGUUUUGAAACAGUAGCAUCUGAUAGUUUUUCAUCAGGAACAUUUAGUUAUCCUUUGGAUGACGUUAGUGCACGUGCACUGAAAACAAUUCAAAAUGGAUUGAAGACAACAGUUGUGUUGAAAAAUUAUGUUUUUAUUAUAUUUCAAGUAAAAGAAUAUAAUGCAUUCCGUGUUGCUCACAACAAAAUGAAAAAAGUGACAGGUAGUUACCGUUCUAUUCAAAUUAGAACAAGACAAAUCUAUUGCGUCCAUUUUAUGGAACUUUUAUUUAUUCGAUACUUAAAUGCAUUUGCUUCAUCUAAACGAGAACAUAAUAAGUAUCAUGCAACUGUUUUUAUUGUAGCGAAUGCUAAAUUAGCGAAUAUUUAUCGUAUAUUUUCAUUUCAUAAUCAAAACGGUAACUCAGAAUGUGUUGAUUUUGUUGAUGAAAUAUAUCAAACAUCAACUCCAAUUAAAUCUCAAAAAAUUUCAAAUCAAAAUUGGCUGAAUAUCAAUGUCAAUCAACGAUUACACGUAGUCACUUAUCGAAAAGAACAAAUUAAAAAUGAAAAUAAGGAACACAGAGAACCGUCUGUAUCUUCUGUAGCAUCGUCCUAUAUUGAAGAUGAUCAAGAAUCGGUCAAAGGAGAUAUCGAAAACGAAUCUGUUGAUAAUAUAGACGUAAUGACAAUAAAACCGCAACUUCACGGUUUACCAAAUUAUGGUGCUAAUUGUUAUGGUAAUACGGCUAUUCAAAUUCUAACUGGUAUACCAUUCGUUUUUCGAACCGUUAUUAGUUUACCAACGGAUGAACUAAAAAAAUUAACUAAUUGGGAUUAUAAUCGUUCAGUUCAUAUAUUAAUGCCAUUAAAAAAUAUAUUUUUACUCAUAUCAAAAAAAGAAAAUGUGCCUAGUGGUCAUUACAUAGAUAAUUUAAAACUAUUUCUCAAUGCUAUGCAAUUCUCCAUCAACAGACAAGAAGAUGCACAACAUACAUUGAGUACUCAUCUAUUUUUUACUAACUAUAUCAAGCAAUUUGAUGAUCAAUUUCUCAUUGAACAAAUUGGGGAAAAAUAUUGUUCAUGUGAUGAUGGUACAGUGCAAAAUAUUCAAAUAAUUCCACCGCCAAUGGAAAUGCUACCAAUAUUGCCCAGGCGGCCAACCGAUAUCGAAUUAUUCGGAGAUGAAAAACGAGCAUACAGUUCGAAUAAUUACACAACAUUGAUUAAAUUUGAAAUUGAGCCACAUUGGAAAAAUGGUACAACAUUUCGAAUGCGGACAUGCAAUACAACAUAUUGUCUACAAAACGGGCUUAGUCACGAUGAUCAGCCUUACGCUGAAUAUACACGGACGGUUCGUUAUCCAUUUAUUCUAACCUUAGAAAUGCCAAAUACUGAUCGAACGCUGAUAUAUGAUGAAACCAUAUAUAUUUUUGAUAAUAUCUAUAAAAGUCAAUUUGUUUAUCAUUUGCUAGCCCUCAGCUAUUAUGAUGGUACAGCAAGAGGUACAUCUGGUCAUUACAUGGCAUUUAUUCGAUAUACACAAAGUCAAUGGAUUUUGUUAAAUGAUCAAGAAAUGACUCAAAUGGAAUGGAAAGACGUACGACAGCGUAUAGAAUCGAUGCGUAUUCGAUUAAAUAUAAUGGUGUAUGCUCGAGGUGAAACAGACAGCAAAUCACCAUUUUGGGCGAAUAACUAA